AUGGCAACCGCCAACACAGCGUCUCCUGUGAGACGUUACAACUUGAGGAGUCAGACACCACGGCAUUUACAAAUCUUCAACCCUCCUCUGGAACCAUGCGGCGAUUUUCACUUGUUUGCACGUUUUCCGGCUGAUAUCCGCUGGCUUGUUUGGCAACAUUCUCUCAGUCACGAGCGAUGGAUCGAUAUCACCCUGGAUCGUUUCGAUUACACUGAUCUUGCACAUGAAGUGCGAGAGCUGGCAAAUUCUGAAGAGUACAAUAUAGUGUUGAGUCAUCGUUGGAGGACUAGUAAACUCUUUCGAACCACGACUGAGUCACGUACGGCUGCUUUGGCUUUCUACCGUGUUCAACUACCGUGUUGGUACAAGUCGAAAGAAAAGGUUAUGUCAAGGGGAAGACUGUAUGUUUGUCCUGAAUUGGACCACUUCUUCUUCCAGGGCGUCAGCUUUGAGUAUUUCGAGCGCUUUGCGCAUGACGUCUGGGCUUAUGACCCUCAUCAUAUUGGUUUGAUCAACAUUGCGUUGUCAGCCACAUUUCCAAGCUCCUGUUUCGAGAGAUCGAUUAUACCGAAUUAUGGGCCUUCUCUCCUUCGACAAGGCUUAUCCAGGAUCGAACGUCUGACAAUGAUGAAUUAUGGGGGCUCAAAAAGACUAUCACGCCAAAGUCGUCACCCUUCUUACCAAAUGAAUCAUGUCGUUCCCAUCAGGAGUGGUGUUCAGAGCUUCGACAGGCUGCCAUAUGACCCUCGAUUGCAUGGUGAAGAUCUGAAGCAAGUAUUUCUAGGAGACAUUUAUCCUCAAACGUCGUUCAAUCGGUGGUUUAAACUACUCUCAACCUCAAUGGUACGUCACGAUCACAAGGUCAUCUACCAGUUUGGCAGUUGUCGUGGAAAUAAAACCGGCCAUGGGUACAGGGACCCUGUUAUACACGACCGCAAAUCUGCUGUUGAAUGGAUUCGGCAGGACACUGACGAGCUCCAACAAUGGGUUGAGAGUCUCCAUCAGUCACCAGACCUCAGAGGUCAAGUAGAGAAUGAGAUGGCAAGAGUGUUCGAAGAAUCACCACAUCCAGUCAUUGGAUUCUGGCUAUUCCCCAUGGAGAGUGUCUUUAUUCCAGAGGAUCCUAAUAUCCAUGCUAUUCCAGUCAUGUCUGGUCAAUUCGCCACGGCCCAACAGGCCGCCAACGCACAUACCAACAGCGACGAAGUUCUUAUGGAUCAGUACGGCACCGGCUCCGGGGCCGAUGUUCUCUACACGGUUGGCCUAGCUACUUGCGUUAGAGUCGCAGUAACAGGCACAUACCCUGCUGGGUCCCGCGGCGGCAAUGAUCGCUUCCUCGCACACAUCUCCGAGGACGAGCCUCACGCAGCCCUUCAGGGGCUCAUCAACAGCGUCAAUGAAGCGAAGCGCAACGGAAUGAGAAUCGACAAGGCAAGAGUUGUGGUGGGCGAUUACUCCGACAAUUCUGACUUUGACUCCAACAACGAGAGCGACCAGGAAAACAACGAAGAGCAGAACAAAUUCACGGCCAAAGUCGGUGCCAGUAUCCUUGAGUUGGUCGGUGGAAGUGGCAGUGGGAAGCUCAAACGCAAGACCCAUGCCGAAGAAAAGGUCUAUGAACUCAGAAUUGAUGGCCAGAAGCGGAUUCUGUUCAAGUGGGAGGAUGGAGCAGGAUGGGAGAGCUCCGAUUCGGAAGAGGAUUAA